GGCAGCGUGAACCCAACACCAUUUGGUGGUGUGGGAGUUGCACCAACAGGGGGGAUCAACACCACCCCAGACGGCAGUGCUGCAGCAGCCGCUGAACCAUCUCACGGUGUAAUAAGCACGGCGACCAUCGCCUUGCUCGCUCUAUCCCAUGCCUUUGCUCCUCGGAUGGGUUUCUGAAACAAAAGAAAAGGAAAGAAAGGGGUGCUGGAGUUGUCUGACUGAUUAUUGUUCCUUUUCUGGCAUGGUGGAGCUAGCUAUAGAUUCCCCACUUUUCCAUGGCGGGCUUCUCUAUCUUUUCUUGAUUAUCGUUGAUGAUCGUCACGGUGGUGGAAAAAGAUUGGAAUUUGAUUCCUCUGUGUAGUGGGGAUUUGAUGGGGAAUACAAGAAGAGGAAGAGGAGAGAGGUGGCGAAGAAAGGGUAUGGAAUCGUAGGAUGUUUGUGGCUGGUCCCGUAAAAGUCUAAUGUCAGCCCCCAUAUCCAGCUUCCCUGAGAAAUUAAAUCAUCUGCUUUCGCCUCAUAAAGGAAGGAACUUGAUCGAAAUCAAGAAGAUUCACUCUCUGCUCACCACAUCUGGUCUCCGCCGCCCCAAUUCUUGGCUCCGGCAAUUGCUGGACCAAUGCGUGUCCCUCCCUUCUUUCCCCUCUUCAUACGCUCUUUCCAUCUUCACCCGAAUCAAAGAACCCAAUGCCCAUUCCUGGAACUCCAUGAUCAAGGGCUAUUCCAAAGCUUCAAACCCUCGCGCCUCCGCUCUUUUCUUCUCCAAAAUGCGGGAAAAUCUCGUCCCUCCCAACAGACACACCUUCCCUCUGCUUCUCAAGGCCUUCUCCAUCGCCAAAACAGAAAACCCACUCCAGGUUUUCUCCCAAGUUGUGAAAUUCGGGUUCGAUGCUGACCUUUUUGUGCAGAACUCUUUGGUCUCCACGCUCGCUGUCUGCGGGUAUGUUGACCAUUCCUGCAAGGUGUUUGUUGAAAUGCCACAAAGGGACGUGAUUUCUUAUACCGCGUUGAUUGAUGGGUACAUCAGGAGCAGUAGGCCAGCAGAUGCCCUGGAGCUUUUUCUAGAGAUGAGAAGGGCGGGUGUGAGUGUGGACGAGGGCACCGUAGUGAGUGCGCUUUGCGCAGUAGGGAUGUCGAGAUGUGUUUGGUUCGGGAAGUGGCUACAUGGGUUCUAUAUAGUGCCGGGUAGAGUCCCUCAAGAUAUCUACAUUGGGAGCUCUCUAGUGGAUAUGUAUUCCAAAUGUGGACUGUGUAGUGAUGCAAGUUUAGUCUUUGCCGAAAUGCCAAACAAGAACCUAGUUUCUUGGACUGCAAUGAUAUCUGGAUAUGUAAACUGUGAGAGAUUCAAGGAGGGAUUGGCCACUUUUGAAGACAUGCUGGCCAGUGGAUUAGAGCCGAACCAAGCGACACUAACAAGCGUUCUCACAGCAUGUACUAAGCUAGGUGCUCUAGAACGCGGCAGGUGGGUCCAGAACUAUAUCGAGUCACACAGGUUCAGUUUGAAUUCCGGCCUUGCCACUUCUUUGGUAGAUUUAUAUGCAAAAUGUGGGUGCAUAGACGAAGCGCUCUCCCUUUUCAUGAAAAUACCAUUUAGGACUAAAGAUGUUUACGUGUGGACAGCCAUAAUCAACGGCUUGGCAAUGCACGGCGAAGCUGGGAAGUGCUUAGAUCUCUUCAUAGAAAUGUUAGACAACGGCGUAAAGCCGAAUGAGGUGACAUUCAUAGGAGUCCUCAGUGGUUGCUCUCGCGGUGGACUAGUGGAUGAAGGAGAGAGACUGUUUGCAGACAUGGAAUGUGUCUACGGAGUAAAACCCAAUGUUGACCACUACGGUUGCAUGGUUGACCUCCUGGGUCGAGCCGGGAGGAUCCAGGAAGCGGUCCAGUUGAUCAGGGGGAUGGCGGUGGAGCCCACGCCUGGUGUGUGGGGUGCACUGUUUGGAGCAUGUCUGAUCCACAAGGAGUAUGAGUUGGGGGAAUGGGUAGGGAAUCUGCUGGUCAGGUUACAACCACACCACAGUGGGAGAUACACACUUCUGGCAAAUCUGCAUUCAAUGUCUCAGAACUGGAAAGCAGUGGGGGAAGUGAGAAGAAUGAUGAGAGACAAUGGGGUUGAGAAGAGCAAAGGGUGUAGUUGGAUUGAAGUUGAUGGGGUUGUUCAUGAGUUCAAUGCUUUUGACCUCUCACAUCUUCACUCUCAAACUGUGUGUUUUGUCUUGGAUUGCCUUCUCAGCCAUUUGGAGCCCCAAGAUUUCCUUUACCCAUAGAGAGUUUUGGGGUUCUUUAAGGCUGUUUGGUAUGUCUUUUUUUGGGAUUGUCAGCUAGAUUCUUUUCAAGAAACAUCAAUUAAAUUUAUUUCAUUGUACCAUAAAAAUAAUAUAGUUCAAUUUUUUAACAUUUCUAAAGUUAUAUAAGAUGACAUACUACUAUUUAUUAGAGUAUAAAAUAUUUCAUGAAAUUACAACCAUAAAUGUGAGUUUUUGGU